UGCAUCCAUUUUGUGCCCCCGUUUCCGUGUUUCUGACGACAAACCGAUAAAACUGUGUCAGCGGGGACAAUGGCUCUGUUUGUAGGUCAGGAGUGCGGGUAAACUUUUCUGUAGCUACCUAAGACUUUUAAACCCGUCCGGCAUUUCGUCUUAUGCGGGGAAUUAUUUCAGAAACCUCUUGUUGGCAGAGUUUACGGGCAGCCGGACUGCGCUGACACUGACAUCUGGAAAGUAAACAGCUCGAUGCUAACGACUAACUGCGGCUAGCUCCGCCGACUCUAGCCGAACAGCUAACCCAUCGACAGCUAGCUAACGUUAGCCGGCUAACCCGUGAGUGGUUUUAUUGGCGUUAAGUUACAUCACCAUCUUAACCUAUAUUUUUGUCAAACUGCUUCGCACGAAGGAUUGCCACAACCAUUCAUGUUGGUUUGGAGGACGAGACUAUCAAACCUCCACUUCUUCGAGCCAGGGAGUCAGUGUGUGUCGUCCCAGCUGAGACGGUGAAGGCACCGGUCCUUACCCCUCACGUAGAGGUGCCAACAGAGGGACAGGAUGCCGAUUCCUCCCCCUCCGCCUCCUCCCCCAGGACCCCCACCUCCCCCCACCUUCAGUCAGGCGAACACGGCUCCUCCCAAACUGAGAUCAUCUGAGGCUAAAGGCAGAGGAGCGCUGCUGUCGGACAUAUGCAAAGGCGCCAGGCUGAAGAAGGUCGCCGUGGUCAGCGACCGGAGUGCGCCCAUUCUGGAGAAAUCAGGGGGUGGAGGUGGAGGUGGUGGAGGUGGUGGUGGCGGCGGCGGCGGAGGGCCAGUGGGAAUGGCAGGCCUUUUUCAAGGAGGUGUGCCAAAGUUACGCCCAAUUGGAGAUGGCUCAGCAGGUGGUUCAGUUGGCAGAUCCGCACUGAGGCCUCCGGGAUCCCGGCCCUCUGCCCCUCGACCCCCAACAGACCGCUCCAGCUCGCCCUCUCCGCCGGAGCAGCACCGCUCUCACCGCCCCUCGCUUCCUGACAUCUCCCGCCCCCCCUCCAGCAACAGCAGCUCUUCCACAGGCAGCGGGAUGAAGCACAGCAGCUCCGCUCCUCCCCCUCCUCCACCCUUCAACCGAGGUGGCCGUGGCAACGCUCCACCCACCCCCAACCAGAAAGUACUGGCCCCACCUUCCACAUCUUCUUCUCAAAGCAGAGAGAAGCCCCUCCCACCGAUGCCCAACAGAGACCCCGCCUCUUCCAGCUCCGGGAAGCCGUCUCUGUCUUCCAACAGACCAACAGGUGGCUCCUCUGCUCCCCCACCUCCCCCGCCGUACAGAUCACACCUGAUCAUUUCUAAUGGGCCGUCCCACGUAGAUGGGGGCGGGGCUCCGGAGCUACCGCAGAGGCGCAACUCCCUGCACCAAAAACACACAUCUGGACGCAGCCAUGCUCCUCCACCUCCUCCUUCGCCAUCUCCGUCCUCUCAGCAGGCCAACAGACCGCCACCACCCGCCAGAGAGCCGCCGGGGCGCAGAGCAGCUCUCCAGGUGCCCCACUCCGGGUCUCGUAAUGGCGGUCGGGACGCCCCUCCUCCCCCGCCCCCAUAUCGCAUGAACACCUCUGCCCCGUCAGAGUCCCACAGCCGGGUGGGGAAGCCACCUCCUCCUUCCUCCUCCAUCCUGACCUCUUCCUCCUCCUCCCGCACCCCGGCUGGACCCCCUCCACCGCCCCCACCCAUCCGGAACGGUCACUCCUCCAUCUCCUCCUCCAAGUCCUACCUAGAUGAUUUUGAGUCAAAGUUCAACUUCCACCCCAUUGAAGAUCUUCCACCUCCAGGGGAGUACAGACAUUUCAGCAAGGACUACCCCAGUAAAAUCAAUAAAGUCAUGGUCCGAGGAGCUCCUCCAGCGCCGCCGCCACUGGGGAGGUGAACAGACCUGAGCUCAGGACUUGAACUCUGCCGACUCGGUGGAGGGAGUGGUGAAGAAGCACUCGAAUCACAGAACACACUACAACACAAGCACACAAUACACACACGCAGAUCUACACUAACACUAAAGCACCAGCUGGAAACUGUGCAAAGUAAACACUAGGACACCACGCA